AUGAUAAAGGGGAGGGUGGGCAUCCCAGUGGCUGCGGUCAUGCAGGAGAACUUCGGCUGCUCCGUUGCAAACCGCUUCUGUCAUCUCCUGGACGAUGGGUCGGACCCCUUCGACGUCCUUCGCGAGGCCGAGCGUCAGCAGCAGGAACGAAAGAAACGCAACGAGGCCUCGACGGCUGCUGCUGCUGCCUCCAGGAGAGCCGGUCCCGGUGGCAGGGUGGGCAGCGGCAAGAGGGAGACUCAGAAGGAGCGAAAGCAGCGCGGGAAUUCCGCCGCUCCCAGUACUCCGUCGCAGACGGGCCAGAAGCAAGUACCUAAGUGGGGAGAACAGCAAGGGUUCAAGAACAGAGGACCAGAGGUAAAACAAGAAAUAACUGAAUGGAAACCUUUCAGGGAAUACUAUGCCUAUGAAACUGAAAAACAAGUGCUAUUCACAAUGGAAAGAGCAACUGAAAGAUUAGACUACAAAAGGCCAAUAAGAGGUCGUGGCAGAGGAAGAGGUGGAAUGCAGGGUACAGGAAGAGGUGGUGGAAUAAAUAGGAGUUUCAAUGGCUUUAACCAAAGAGGAAAAUGGGAAUUUGAAAGACAAAGUGGGAAUGAUAAAACAGGAAUGAAAGCAGAUGACAAAAAGGGUAGAGGUGGAACUUGCAACUGGGGAACAGUUAAAGAUCAUAUGAGUGGGAUUGAACAGACUGCUUCCGUGGAAGAGCCUGGAGAAACAGCUGAGCAGCCAGGGGCGUCUGAAGGAGAGCCUCUGAACAAAGUUGCUGAAGGAAAGCCAGUGGAAGAAGUAGUUCAAGAAAUGACCUUAGAUGAGUGGAAAACUCUUCAACAACAGAAUCGACCAAAGGCUGAAUUCAACAUCCGGAAGCCAGAAUCCACUGUUCCUUCCAAAGCAGUGGUGAUUCACAAGUCAAAAUAUAGAGAUGAUUUGCAGAAAGAGAACUUUGAAGCUAAUUCUCAUGUCUUUCGAAGACCAGUGAAUGACAUAACAUCUCAGCUGGAUAUUAAUUUUGGGAAUCUUCCUCGCCCUGGUCAAGGAUCAAGAGGACCACAAGGUGGUGGUGGUCGUGGUCGUCGUCGUGGUCGUGGCAGAGGAGUUGAGGAGGCAGGACCUCGACCAAAAGUAACAAUAUUUCCUGUUGCUCCAAAUCCUGACGAUCCUGAGGAUUUUCCUGCUUUAUCUUGA